CGUGGCGUUCGUGGGCGGGCCCUCGAGCGUGCUGGCUCGGUCCCCUGGCUGCUGACUCCGCAGCUGCUGCGGCGCCGGCUCAGAACAGACCCCGCCCGUCGAAGAGGAGGGAGGGCCGCCAGUGUCGACAUGCUGCUGGAGGAGGUCCGCGCUGGCGACCGGCUGAGCGGGGCCGCGGCCCGAGGCGACGUGCAGGAGGUGCGCCGCCUUCUGCACCACGAGCUGGUGCACCCCGACGUCCUGAACCGCUUCGGCAAGACGGCGCUGCAGGUUAUGAUGUUUGGCAGCCCCAUCAUUGCUUUGGAGCUAUUGAAGCAAGGGGCCAGCCCCAACGUCCAGGAUGCCUCUGGCACCACUCCAGCCCAUGAUGCAGCGCGAACUGGAUUUCUUGACACCCUGAAAGUUUUGGUAGAGCAUGGCGCUGAUGUCAACGUUCCUGAUGGCACCGGGGCGCUCCCCAUCCAUCUGGCAGUGCGAGAGGGCCACACCGCCGUGGUCAGCUUCCUGGCUCCUGAAUCUGAUCUUCUCUACAGGGAUGCCAGGGGCCUCACUCCCCUGGGAGUUGGCGCAGGGGAGGAGGGCUCAGGAUCUCAUGGACAUACUUAAGGGGCACAUGGUGGCACCGCUGUGACCCGGGGCCACCUAUUCCAGCAACAGGACCCAGAUGGGUUCUAUGCUAAAAGAGGAGGGAAGAACACUUUCUCCCCUCGCUUCCCCUGCCCACCGUCGAAGAGAGAGGGGCCCCAGUUUGUGGCUUGUUGGUGUUGAUUUCUGGGGUGUGUGUGUUUGAGGGGCAUUUUUCAUUUGUUUUUCUCACCCCUGUUGGUGUGUCAGGGCAGAGAAGGGCUCCUGCAGGCAACAGCCACCUAAACGGUUCGGUUUCCUCCACGCCCCAGACUGCUGGGGCUGCAGACGAGUCCCAAGGACAGAGCGUUUAAAAGUCCCAGUCCGGGUGAGGUCAUCGAUUCCAGGGCUCCUGGAACCUGGCGACCUUGGCCGGCUGCACCCAGAGAGAGACCUUAAGUGUGCGCACUGCUUUCAGACAUGGGGGGAGGGGGGAGUGUUCCAAAUCAAUAAAAGGGGUAGUAUAAGUUCAUAUUUUUUUGGAAGCUUGUUUUACAGUCUCUUGUACAGCGUUUUUAAAAAAAGAUUCUAUUUAUUAAGCUUUGUGAAAAAAUUGUGUGUAAUAAUUUAAUGUUUUUACCUAUUAAAUUAAGAUUUGUGCACGAUCA